AUGAACUCCUCCAGACUGAAGCACACGGUGGAUUGUUGCUCCCACACCGCCAUAGCCCAGGCGAGAGCCCUCCCGGACAUCAGCGUUAUAAGGAAGCCUUUAGCCUCUUGGACAACCUCGCCCCUACACCAAGAGCACUCGCUCUACAGCGUCCUACCGACAACCUCGCCCCUACACCAAGUGAUUGAGCUUGAUGUGUCCUGUCCCUCCUCUCUGGGCCAGCUGGAGUUUGUGGUGCUGGAAUCAGAGCCGUACCUCCCGUUCUGCUUCCUCAACAAUGACUGGUUCUGCUCUAAAGUUGUGGUGACCACACCAGAGGGAGACACGGCCAACUUCCCCUGUUACCACUGGAUCUCAGGCAACGAGCGGCUGGUGUUCAGAGAGGCCACUGGUAAACUGAUAUUCAAUGAGACCUGGCCAGAGGCCAUAGAGGAGAGAAAGAAGGAGUUGCAGAGUCGCCGUGAUGUGUACCGGUGGAGUAUAUAUGCCGAGGGUCUACCCGAAAUAAUGAAAGUUGACAGUGCUUCUGAUCUCCCUGCUGAGGUCCGCUUCUCUUUCACCAAGGACUUUGAGUUCACGUUCACAGCAGUCGAAGCAUUGGUGUCACUGAAACUAGUAAGCCAUUCCAGCAACAAGAAACAAUGGAAGAGCCUAGAUGAACUCAGUCGCGUCUUCAAUAGACACAAGACUGACGUCUAUGAAUAUGUCGAAAAGAACUGGAAGGAGGAUGAGUUUUUCGGGUACCAGCUUCUGAAUGGCCUCAACCCCAUGAUGAUCCAUCGCUGCUCCAAGCUUCCAGAGAACUUCCCCGUCACAGAAGACAUGGUGAAAACUUCCCUCUUCGGAAAAAGCCUUGAGGAGGAAAUUCAGAAAGGCAACAUCUUCCUGGUUGACUACAAGCGCCUGCAUGGAGUGACAGCAAAUGUGAUCCAUGGGAAACAGCAGUUCUUGGCUGCCCCGCUCUGCUUGCUCUAUAUAACCCCAGAAGAGAAGCUCAUACCCAUCGCAAUCCAGCUGAAGCAGGAGCCUGGAGCUAACAACCCCAUCUUCCUUCCUACUGACUCUGAGUACGACUGGCUCCUGGCCAAGAUCUUUGUGAGGAACGCCGACUUCGCUGAACACGAGCUGAACUUUCACCUGCUGAGGACUCACCUGCUGGCUGAGGUGUUUGCCGUGUCGACACUGCGCAACCUGCCAAUGGUGCAUCCCAUCUACAAGCUCCUGAUCUCUCACUUCCGCUACACUCUACAGAUCAACACUCUGGCUAGACAGGCCCUCAUAUCAGAGAAUGGGGUGAUCACAAAGAAUGCAAGUAUUGGAGGUCCAGGGAUGAUGGAGUUCCUGAAGAAAGCGGUGGCCUCAUUGACCUACAGCUCCCUCUGUAUGCCGGAGGACAUCACAGCACGCGGUUUGGAGUCAAUCCCCAACUUCUUCUACAGGGAAGAUGGACUCAAGAUGUGGGACAUUGUUCACAGGUUUGUUCAGAGAGUGAUUGGUCACUACUACACCUGUGACGCAGACGUCCAGAAGGACUGUGAACUGCAGGACUGGAUCAAGGAUAUCUUCUUCCAUGGGUUCCUGGCCGAAACCAGCACAGGAAUCCCUCAGUCUUUCAGUUCAGUGACAGAGCUGGUCAAGUUUAACACCAUGGUGAUCUUCACAGUGUCUGUCCAACAUGCUGCAGUCAACAAUGGGCAGUUUGAUUUUGGCGGCUGGAUGCCCAACUUCCCCAUCUCCCUGCAACAGCCUCCUCCCACCACUAAGGGGCAGUGUACUGAGAGCACCAUGCUGAAGACCUUCCCUGACAUCAACACCACCGUCAAUGGCAUGGCAGUGGUGUACCUUCUGAGCACGCAGUCCACUGACUAUGUCGCUCUUGGAAAUGGCUAUCAGGAUCACUUCAGCGAAAAGACUCCUCUGGAACUGAUUCAUGAAACUCAAGAUAUGCUGAAGAGAUACAACUUUGAAAUCCAAGGCAGGAAUGUCUCUUUGCCCCUGUCAUACACCUACCUGAAUCCCAACAAUGUGGAGAACAGUGUGGCCCUGUAAAUUGAGUCAGGGGUUCGUAUUUAUUAGGCACCAAAUGGAAGAAAACACACAGAUACAGGGAGAGACUAUCUGGACUUGUCCAAUAAGAACCACUUGUUUUCAUUUUCUGUUGAAGCAUGUUUUACAACCUUUUGCUACGGUGUGCCCUAAUAAAUGCAACCUAGGUAGUUGACUUUGUGGUUCAAUUGUUAGAUACAUGUUGCACUUGAACUAGAAGUGAAACAGUUUAGAAAUAAUAUUUUACUUAACCCUUCUGUUAUGUUAGAAAAUACUAUAUACGAUUGAUG